GCAGGUGGCGUGCUUCAGCCUUGCUGAUACUGUGCAGGCACGAAACUCGAGAACAUGAAUGUUGGAAACGCAAGGCGCUUCAAAGAGAUAAGCUUAUCAUUGGUCAUCUCUGAACGCUCGCAAAGGCGCUCAGAACGUUGGUGUGAUGCCAGAGGAGUACUUGAGUAUCGGCCUGUCAGCUUCUCGCUCAAAGCAACUCUUGAAGUAACCAGGUUCCGUUAUUACCUCCUUCUUUAUUACCAUGCCCGCAAUCAGACGAGAUGACGAUGAGGGCGCAGUACGCUGGCCCACUCUGUCUGAGAUCUUCGUAACAAAGAGCCUGCUGUCGUGGGUCUGGGAGAACGUUAUUAAUCGAAGAGGCCCGGUACCAAGUGCUCAUGCUAACUUAAUGCCUCCUGAAGGGUUUGAAAACUUUGAAUGGACGUCGAACACAGCGAUUGCACGCACCUCAAAUGAAGUUUGUAGAACGUCCUCUCAGUGGUUUAUCUUGCUCCUGGCGAUACUCACAACAAUCGUCGGAGCGUGCAUGCUACAGAGGCUUGCAAAGUUGUUUGUGAGGCUCUGGAAGAUGACAGUAGUGUGCAAUGUCCGCAGAGCUCCGGCGCCAGUGACAUGCGAGAAGACACCAGUGGUAAGGGCGUGCGAUGUCCCAAAGAAGACCAAGUGUAGGGCAGCGUCCUCCGAGGACGGAAAACUUGCAAUUUCGCCGAUCCAGGAAUUGUUCAAUCCACGUACAAAACAUGACCCUGCAACGAAACAGCUCAUGUCGGCGCAAACGACAAGAUUUGAAGCUGUGCAUAUUUCGAGGACGGUAGACAGGAAGAUGCUGGCGGACCUAUCACUGUCAGAGAUUAUACUCACCAUUAACAUCCCGCCAUCGCUGCCCAUCCAGGAUGAAGAUGAUGCUAUCGUCGAACUUUCAGAAAUGUUACGGAGAUGGUGAGAGCGCGAUCCCUUAUCGCCGAGGCUCGGCCGUCGGUGAUUUGUGUGGACAUGGAAGCAGUCAGGACUCGAGACAAUGCGUUCAGGUACUCCCAUCUA